AUGUGGCUCAGUGACCAGCAAAAAAUCGGUGUGGGGCUUGUCUCAGGGGGCAUUUUCUUUUUGUUUAUGGGCGUAGUUCUCUUUUUGGAUGCGACGCUCCUUGCCCUUGGCAAUAUAUUGUUUGUCGCGGGCAUUGCCAUGCUCAUUGGGCCGCAAAAAACGCUGUCCUUCUUUGCGCGGAAGCAGAAAAUUCGAGGGACACUGUGCUUUUUUGCAGGCAUGACGUUGGUGUUUUUGCGCUACACAUUUUUCGGGAUGCUCGUGGAGACGGUCGGGUUCCUCAACUUGUUUGGUGAUUUUUUCCCCGUCAUUCUUUCUUUUCUUCGGCAGGUACCCGGGGUUGGAACGCUGCUCACUUUGCCGGGACUUGGUGGCGCGCUGGAUCAACUGGCCGGUGUGCGGCGCUCGGCUGUGUAG